UUUCCUUUGUUUUUCUCUUCCAUKCUGUCAAGGAAUCUGUCCAGCAACAGGAUUAAAAAGCUGCCAAAGAACACCUUUAGGAGCCUCUCCAAAACCCUCGUCAAACUAAAUAUAUCACACAAUCCUCUUCUUCAAAUUCAACCAAGCCACGUCAGCCACCUGACACGUCUUCAGUCUCUGUCUGUGGAAGGUAUCGAUAUCCCAGAUAUCCAGACCAAGAUGUUUCACCACAUGAAGAAUCUCUCUCACAUCUACUUUAAGAAGUUCCAGUACUGCUCCUACGCCCCUCACGUCAGGUCCUGCAAGCCCAACACAGACGGCAUCUCGUCCUUCGAGGACCUUCUGGCGAACAUGGUGCUGCGCGUGUCUGUUUGGGUCAUGGCCUUCUUCACAUGCUUCGGAAAUCUUUUAGUCAUCGGCAUGAGAUCACUGAUUCGUGCGGAGAACAAUCUGCACGCUGCCUGCAUCAAAGUCCUCUGCUGUGCAGACUGCCUCAUGGGUGUGUACCUGUUCUUUGUCGGGGUGUAUGACGUGAAGUUCCGAGGGCAGUACAACCAAAACGCUCUGAUCUGGAUGGAGAGCGUGGAAUGUCGCACCAUUGGAUUUCUGGCCAUGCUCUCCUCAGAGGUGUCUGUUCUCCUCUUAACGUACCUGACUCUAGAGAAGUUCCUGGUCAUCGUCUUCCCCUUCAGCAACCUGCGCCCGGGCAAACUUCAGACGGGGGUGAUCCUGUCUUCUCUCUGGCUGCUGGGCUUCAUCAUCGCCGCCGUGCCGCUCAUGAACGAGGACCUCUUCGGGAACUACUACGGGCGUAACGGGGUCUGCUUCCCCCUGCACUCAGACAGGGAAGAGAAACCUACUGCCAAAGGCUACUCCACAGGAAUUUUUCUGGGUCUGAACCUGGUGGCGUUCCUGGUGAUCGUCUUCUCCUACUCCAGCAUGUUUUGCUCCAUCUAUAAGACAGGACUGAACGCCACAGACGUGAGGAGCAGGCUGCACAGAGACGUGGCCGUGGCCAACAGGUUUUUCUUCAUCGUGUUCUCUGACGCCCUCUGCUGGAUCCCUAUAUUCUUAGUUAAAGUCCUCUCACUUCUGGAAGUGGAAAUCCCUGGCACCAUCUCCAGCUGGGUCGUCAUUUUCAUCCUCCCCAUCAACAGUGCCUUGAACCCCAUCCUGUACACGCUGACCACCAGCUUCUUCAGAGAGCAGGUGGAGGUUUUGCUCUGCCGCUGGCAGAGGAGACACACCGUGAAGAAAGACCGCAAAAGCCUAACCUCCUGUACGAUCUUUAUCGACGCGCCUCGAGCGCCUUACUGCCAGACGCCAUCCUACCUCCAGCAGUUGUCUCUGAUUGAUGCAGACCCUCGAUACGCCUGAGAGCGUGUCUGUGAACUGUCUCAUUUUGUAAACUACGGGUCAUACACCUUUCUUUUUCUUUUUUUUUUUUGGAACUGAUGCACUUUUAAGCUCCCACAUGACAACAGCACUGUUUGACAGACUUCACUGUGCUGUUAAAAUCAUGCUCUGAUAUUUGUUGAUCAAUCAGUUUUUUUUUUAUUAAUUCUCAUUGCACCUUGAACUUUGUGUCUUUUUGUGUUCAACCCAAAGCCUCUGUAUGACCCAAACACGAGGAGCUGGGGUUGGAACCAUCAGCGUCGCAGCUUGUGGAUGACUUUGUGCGUCAUUUUAGCUACAGCUGCAUAACUGUUUGUAUGAAAUCAUUUGAUAUUAUAAUAUCAAUGCUCACACAAAAAAUUCAACAAAAUAGGUGCUUGUAAUACGAAGUAGGAAUCCAUACGGUACUGUCACGUAAAAGCUGUUCAGAUUAGUCCAUUUUGAAUGACCUGAUAGGAAGUGGUCUGCUCUGAUUGGGCCUCACGCAAGAACAUGUUCGUAUUCUUAUCCUAAAUUUCUCUUACUUUUGUUCGUACAAAGGGUUCGUACGAACAUGUCACG